AGAGAGCAGCAGGAGCUCAUGAUCCAACUUCCGCAUUCAGACAAUGAGGGGAUGCUUUGGUAGGAGGACCAGCCUUCCUUCCGGUCCUCCAAAGCUUCCCAUUGGUCAUGCCUCCCCGUGUCGAGGUGAAGGGAGGGGAGCGUGGGGGGUGGAGGAGGAGGGAGGUCACGUGGGCGUAACAAAGACCAGCGCCGCCACACGGACUUGUGCUCCGUCCAAUGAACGCGCGGCCUUUGUGACGACGGCGGUCCCUCGAUUCACGUGACCGGAUGCUCCUGCACAUGCGCCGUUGCGGGAGGGUUAUGGGGAGCUGAUGUUGUGUUGGUUUGGAGGGUCGCUGUGUCCAGGAAGAGGAUAUGAGAAGAGCAGCUUUGCAGAUAGAGCUCCCCAACUGAGUACCAUGUGAAGGUCUGACAGAGCCCCUUGAUUCGUGGGACAGGAGAGACGUCCCUCUUUCAGUCCAGAAGGGGCAAAUUCUUUGAACGUUUUUGUCUGCUUCAGUAGGCUCUUAAAGUAUCAUCUUUACCUGAACCACAGGGGCACGUGCCUGAGCCAGUUUGCCCACUGUGGGGAAAGGAAGUCUCAGGAGGCAUUCCGCGCGCCAUGGAGAAACCGUGGAAGUGUGGGGAUUGCGGGAAAGGAUUCCGCUACCCCUCCAUGCUGGAGAUCCACCGCCGUGUCCACACCGGGGAGCGGCCCUUCACCUGCUCCGUCUGCGGCAAGGGCUUCACCCAGUUGCCCCACCUGCUGACCCACCAGCGGCUCCACACCGGGGAGAGGCCGUUUGCUUGCUCCGAGUGCGGGAAGGACUUCAGCGAAUCGUCCAGCCUGCUCAUGCACUGGCGGGUCCACACCAGGGAGCGGCCCUUCACCUGCUCGGUGUGCGGCAAGGGCUUCUCUCACUCGUCCACCCUGCUCAAGCACCGGCAGGUCCACACCGGGGAGCGGCCCUUCACCUGCACCGUCUGCGGCAAGGGCUUCACCCGCUCGUCGCACCUGCUGACCCACCAGCGGGUCCACACCGGGGAGAGGCCAUUCAGCUGCUCCGUCUGUGGCAAGAGCUUCUCUCACUCGUCCAGCCUGCACAAUCACCAGCGGGUCCACACCGGGGAGCGGCCCUUCACCUGCUCCAUAUGCGGCAAGGGCUUCCCUUACUCGUCCACCCUGCUGCGGCACCAGCAGGUCCACACCGCGGAGCGUCCUUCACCUGCUCCGUCUGCGGCAAGGGCUUCUCUCACUCAUCCACCCUGCUGCGGCACCAGCUGGUGCACACCGGCGAGGACGCCUUCACCUGCUCCGUCUGUGGCAAGGGCUUCCCCCACUCAUCCGGCCUCCAGAUCCACCAGUGGGUCCACACGGGGGAACAUCCUUCUGAUAGACCAGAAGUGCGCAUAAUACAGAGGAACUUCGAUUAUCCAGAAUUAGAUGAACCAGCACGGUGGCUCAGUGGUUAGUGCUGCUACCUCACAGUACCAGGGACCCGGGUUUCAUUCCUGCCUCAGGCGACAGACUGUGUGGAGUUUGCACAUUCUCCCUGCGUCUGCGUGGGUUUCCUCCUAGUGCUCCGGUUCCGUCCCACAGUCCAAAGAUGUGCAGGUCAGGGUGAAUUGGCCAUGCUAAAUUGCCCGUAGUGUUAGUUACAUUAGUCAGAGGGAAAUGGGUCUGGGUGGGUUACUCUUCGGAGGGUCAGUGUGGACUGGUUGGGCCUGUUUCCUCACUGGAAGGGAUCUAAUCGUCAAGCGACGGAAAUACACCCUGCAUGUGUCCUUUGGAUAAUCGAGGUUCCUGUGUAUUCCAAAAGUGGCCUAACCAACGUCCUGUCCAGACCCCAACCCCUAUACUCAGUGCUCUGACCAAUAAAGUGAUCUGCAGAAUCUGCGGGGCUUGCUUAAUCCUGGAAGGUAAAUCACGUGUUUCUCCUUCUCUUGCAGGUGGAUCCAAGAUUUCACUCUCUGUCCCAUUGAGUCUCCAGUCAGGUCCUUCAGCUCAACUGGUCUCUCUCAGUAUUUCUGACCCAUGUGAGCCUCUACGCACCUCCCCUUCACUUGCUCACACUUGAUUUCCCUUACAGCAGCAUUCCCUUCAGUUCCUUUCUCCCUGACGUCUGUAUCCAGCUUCUCCUUAAAUGCCGUCCACCUCGACCUGCUACUGUGGGGGUCAUUCCCGCUGCAGACAGAGGUCUCUCCUUUGUAACCUCUUCAAAAGAUUUACCGCUGACUUCCCCCUUCAGUCUUUUCCAUUUCUGGGUCUCCCCGCUGUUGCCAAACUUGGAAGGGUUCAGAAAAGAUUUACAAGGAUGUUGCCAGGGUUGGAGGAUCUGAGCUACAGGGAGAGGCUGAACAGGCUGGGGCUGUUUUCCCUGGAGCGUCGGAGGCUGAGGGAUGACGUUAUAGAGGUUUACAAAAUUAUGACUGGCAUGGAUAGGAUAAAUAGGCAAAGUCUUUUCCCUGGGGUUGGGGAAUCCAGAACUAGAGGGCAUAGGUUUAGGGUGAGAGGGGAAGAUAUAAAAGAGACCUACAGGGCAACUUUUUCAUACAGAAGGUGGUGUGUGUAUGGAAUGAGCUGCCAGAGGAAGUGGUGGAGGCUGGUACAAUUACAACAUUUAAGAGGCAUUUGGAUGGGUAUAUGAAUAGGAAGGGUUUGGAGGGAGAUGGGCCGGGUGCUGGCAGGUGGGACUAUAUUGGGUUGGGAUAUCUGGUCGGUAUGGACCGGUUGGACCGAAGGGUCUGUUUCCGUGCUGUACAUCCUGGUUUUGAUUUGCCUUUUGGCUGGUACUGAAAUCCACUCCGGACAGAAUUCAGAGAUGUUUUGAUUUUUUUUCAGUAAAUUGUUACGGAGCUAGGAUAGCCUGAAAAGGGACAGACUCCUGUUUUGCAAAACGCACUAGUUAAGCAUCAAUAAACGUUGCGUCGUCACAAAGACUUCAGGAAGAUCUUUUGGUUUCAGUUUAUCUGUGUGUGUUUGUUGGGGGAAAGGUUUUUGGUCACAAUUUACAGUGUUCGCAGCCGGCAGAGAGAAAUCAGCGGACAUAUAACUGGUGCGCAGAGUACAACGGCAAUAUCGUCGUUGACCGUGCGGAAAUCCAGUGUCAAGGUGGAAAAGCGCAGCAGGUCAGCCAGCGUCCAAGGAGCCAGAGAAUCGACGGUUUGGGCAGAAGCCCUUCAACAGGAAUGCCAGUGUCAGUUUAAAUCGUUUUAAAGGAGUCGAACGUUUGCCUGCUUUGAAACGAGCGGAAGAGUCAACAGGAGAUGUUACAUAUCAUCUUGCAAAAGAAAAUAACCAACAGGUUAGCUUGAACUCGUCGGAACGUGCAUCCAUAGUGAAGAGCUGGGAAAUGGAGAUUUUACCUCUUUUGAGAGAGGUUGGAGCUGAAGAGACUUCUGUUUAACAACUUAUGACCCUAUAAAACUGAACAACUUUAAGCUUAGACAUGUCUUUAUCAGAGAAACUUUAAGUAUAGUCAGAAUUAAACCAGAAAGCAUAACGUACAUAUUAACAUCAUUUUUAAAGUUAGUGUUUAUUUUGUUUAAUGUCUUUAUAAACACUGACUGCUGUGAUAGGAAUGUACUGCUUCUUUCUAGGCCACAGUCGCCUGGAUCACAACAUGAAUUCAACUGUUUCACCCAGUUCUGAAUUAUAGCAGCCCCAGGGCUUGUUUUAUUAAAACGCAAAAUUAUGCAAUAAUUAUAAAGGAAUUUGUGUAAACAUUCUGAAA